AUGUACAGCAAGUGCAAGAACAAACUUGUGGCUGUAACAUACCUGGCUCUGGACUAUGAUUUGGUGACGAAUAUUAACACCUGGUUCUCUGUAUCACUGCCUAUCAGUGACGAACUGAACCGGGUGCGGCGUGAUGUUCGAGGCCGCUCUGGAACAUGGGAAUACUGGCAGAAUCAGGCCAAUGGCCACUUCAAAGAAGUUCUUGCCAAAAUCAUGGGUUCUUGCCUUGAUGCAGACAGCCAGAGGUCAAUUGGCUUGAUUGGCCAGGCUGAAGCUGGCAAUUCUCUUUUCUAUUUUCAGCUUCAACCUGAUGACGGCAUGGUCCAUCACCAGGACACUCUGUAUGAGCGGCUUGUUCACUAUGCCGUGACGCUCUCGCGCUUUCUCUGCAUGUACGAGAUGGCCAAUGUGGUCUUUCCCAUGAGGCUGGCUGCUGCGUGUGGAGGAGUAUCCCAGGCCCAGGACGUUCUCAAUGAGCUCAAGGCCCUUCAAGAAGCAGACCAAAUGGCCAUUGCAUGCAACACUCCAUGGUGCAAGACAGUUACGAAGCGGAGUCCAAUGCGCCACACACUGGUGGUGGACGUGGCCAAAGAUGCCUGCCGCAAGAACUGGCAGGCAGAUGAAGAGUUUGUGUCCCAGAUGCGGCAACUCUGGGGCAAUCUUGCGUUCACCUACAAUGAAGAAGGCUUUGGCAAGCUUCGCAGGGCUGAGAGCAGUCAAAACAAGGCCCAUUCUUUCACGGCCACUGAUUCUUGGUCCCAGCUAUGCGCUGGCAAGAUAUUCGAGUCUUUUGGCUACUCUGAAAUGGACCCAGAUCCUGACCAGCCUGCUGGUCUGGCCACUUUUGAGCUGCCAAACAGCAUCCACAACACGAAAAGGUUAGAGGCAAGUUCGCAGAAGCUGAAGGACGUUAUGGGCCAGAAAACAUGGCCAGGCCUCUCCCCACAAAAUUCCUGCGCACUGGCUGCUGAGCAACACCUGCUGGUUGAAGCAUGCAAGAAGGGUCCUGCAGGGCUGGGUCAAGUCAUGUCCAUGUGGAGGAACAACAAAACCUACCUGUCACUUGGUUCCUGGCCUGGGUCUUCUGCAGCAGCCUUGGUCAGUCUGGAACACAUUAGCAACUCUUCAGGUAAAUCCUGGUUUUGGCGCGUGCCUGCUCGUGCUGAUGUCGGUUUUCAUGCAAUUACAGCCUUUACAGACUGGACAGUGGUGGAUGCUGCGCCCAUCUCACCGCUUCAUUUGGCCAUUCAGAACAGAUCCAAGGCCAAAAAAGCAGGGGCAAACUUUGUUGUGGAGCAAUUCCCUGGCCAAUACUUGGAACGAAGCAAGAAGACGUUUCCUUUCUUGGAAUACGUGGCCCAGGAGGGAUUCCAUGCUGUGGGAAUCAAUAUGAUCCGCAGGCUCCUGAAGGAUGAGUUUGGCAUUGUGUGCUCUGAGAGCAAGAAGGACAACUUGGGGCAUGUUUUGCAGCAAGCUGUGGCGUCAACUCUGAAAGUGGCCACUUCUUCUGAAAAAGUGGCUGGGGUCCUGGAGCGGUCACUUGCCUGGAGAGCAGGGGUCUGCAAUGAUUUCGUGGGCCUGUCUUCUGACGGCACAGAUGCCUUUGAUGAAAUCCUUGACCCCAAUGAGUCAGGAGGUGAAGAUGAUGAGCAAGGAGCUGCUCAGGAUGAGCAGGGCCGCUCUGCUGCAGCAGCAGCAGCAGAGUCAAUCACGGCUACUAUUCGCCGGAUCAGGACUGGCAGCUCCAAGACCAAGGCCACUCCCACUGAAACAAAGCGGAAACCUGUCAACUUCAGGUCAGAGGAUACGUGGACUGCUGCCAAGGCUACUCCAUACCUUCCUGGCCAAUCUGGGUACCGCGUAUACAAGGAUUUGUUCAACAAAUGUUUCCGUGUAAUGAACAGUGGCCAAAGGUGGUCCUGCUCCAAGUCCUGGGGCCAAUCUGGAGACGACAGGGCUGCAGUCAAACACGUGCUGGAGGUCACAUGGGCCCGGCACUUGACAUUGCACCCUAAUGCUGUCUGUCCAUGGACAUGGGAUGAGAUAUGA